UUGUCAAUGUUUUACUAUUUUAAAGGUGAGCUUAUUGGAGUGGAAUAUCUUUACCAGCAAACUGGUAAAGUUCUGCAGGACUACAAGUUGGCCAUUGAAGAGUCAGAGACUACUGAGGUUGGUAUAGAGGUGGAUGAAGGUUAUGCUGAACUUGAGGAGUUUCAGGACAUCACUGUCCCCACCUUUGACACUGAACGGACACCUGCUGCCUCUUCACAAGCAUCAGUGUCUGCAGCAUCUGCAGCAUCAUUUCCAACUCCUCCAGCAACCAGCCCCACGUCAUCACUGUUUGUGGUCCCUCCAUCAUCAGUGUCAUCUCCUGUCAGCAGCUCACUGCACGCUGAAUCAAAUCUAGAACUCUUUCCUGGAGCACAUAGCUUGGACCGAUUAUCUGCAGAAACGGAUCGUCCAACAUUGGAAGAGAACACUUCACAUGAUGAUUACGUUGGACCUGAUAAUAUUGAGGGGUAUGGAGCCGUGCAGGACUUGGCAGAGUUUUUGGUUAGCCUCAGAGACCACCGUCUGGCUUUGCCGGGAGAAGAGUGCAUCAAGAUCAUCUCCCUAUGGCAGGCAUUGGGGGAGUAUGACAAGAAAAAGACCAUUUACCCACCACUUAACCAAACCAACCUAAAACAGGGACGAUUCAGGGCCACUAAGAAGAUUGUGGCCCCAGGUGUGGAGAGCAGCAAAACGUGUUUCGUUGGGGCUCACAGUCCUGCACAGUGGCCUGACUGCAACCGAAGGCCAUUUUCACAAGGCUCUGUGCUCUCUACCCAAACGCAGUGCGCUGUGAUGGAAUGA